AUGCAGAAGAAGAGAAGAGAAGAGAAGAGAAGAGCGAUAUCAAGAAAGGACGAAUGGAAUGACUAUGGCAAAGCAGAGCGAACAAAGAACGAAGAUACAAGCAGGCAGGCAAUUAGAAUAACUAGACAGACAGACAAAGCAAAACACGCAGAUUUCAUCUUUCUCGUCUCGUAUCUUUUGCUCGUGGGAUCGUUUGCUGCAAAAGAAAAGGAGGGCAAAGGCACAAAGGAGAGAGAGAAAUUGGGGGUGUGGAAACGGGAGAGCGAUAACGGGAAGAACGAAAGGAAGUACGAGUACAUGGGCAUAGUCAGUUAA